AUGAAUUUCCACGAAUAUUAUUCGGAACUUCUCAAGAAAUUACCACCUUCCAUAAAAAAGAAUAUAUGGAAUCGACUUACUUCUAGAGUACAUAAUCCAUUGACAGAAGAACAAGCAAGUAGUAUUAAUCCUGAUAUUGAAGCAUUGUUAAUUAGUGAAAUUGAUAAAUAUGAAAAGAAAAAAAACCGAUAUCGAAUCAGACACAAAGUGUCCUGCUCCGCUAAUACACAAGUAACUGAUAUGUGCCCUGGCACCAGCUCCACUGUUGAGGAGGAGAUUAAUGCUCGAGUCAAAGAAGCUACAGAUAAAAUGCAUCAAAGGUUUAUUGAAACUACACAGGAAACAUUAAAUUCCAUUAAGCAACAGAAAGAUGCAGAGUGUAAGAAAAUAAAGCUGGAUAUGGCUAAUAGAGAAUGA